UAAAAGCUCCGAGCUCCUCUUCCACUUCUUGUAUGUAUGAUAAAAGUCAAUCAGCGGUCCUGACCAUCGUUUAUUUAUUUUUUCUUCACUGGAGUUGACCGUUAGAGGCCGCUAACGGUUUACUGAUGGGCCUGAAAAAGCGGCUCCUCUGCAGUCGUUAGCUUGUCCGUCUUGUUGUUAGGCAGGUUGUCAGGGGCAGCGCACCAGCCUAGUUAGCUAACAGGGGAUUAAGGGACUUUAGUUAAUGAUGACACAUUUAUUUAUUAGAGAAAACGACUGGCGGCAUAACUGCUUUUCCUCUUGGAGCUGCCCCGUUUCUUUGGGUGAAAGCAGCAGAGACGACAUCAUCGAUAUUUAUCGAAACAGCCAGAGGUUUGCGGUGGGGUUCGCCUCGUAGUUAGCUAGAUUUGCUAACGUUAUCAGGCACAACGUAAAGCGACUGACAUUGGCAGUUACGAUACCCAGUGCAUUGAUAUUCCCAGCUUUUCCAUUGUGAUUGAUAUGCAAUCGAAAAUGGAAGAAACUGAAGAAAAUGUAAUGGAGGAGGACGAAUCAAUUUUCAGCGACAAACCACUAUCGUCGCCCUUCAAUUCCCCCUUUCGCUCCACUCGGCUGCACAUCCAGAGAAGCAAUGUCUGCUCCCGGGCUUAUUUCGUUGUGGUCAUGGUCUUCUUCCAUGUGUACAUCCUGAAUGUCAUCGCUCUGCUGCUCUACGUGCACUACAACAACGGACCCGGGGAUCUUGUCAGUGGAGACGGGGCCACCCCGGCGUCGGUCAGCGAGAGUGGGAGCCCUUUGCCCCAUCCUGCACCAGCUCCGAGAGAGCUUCAUGUAGAGGACUACAGUCAAAGUUACAGUCUGCCUCGCAUUGAGGGGAUUCGGGUUGGACAUGUUCAGCAGGUGUCCCUUGUUCCAGACAGAACACAUGAGAUGAGGACACUAAGCUUGAAACCUCUGCUAUUUGAGAUUCCUGGCUUCCUGUCAGAGGAGGAGUGUCGUGUGGUGGUGCAGCUGGCUCAGCUCAAGGGUCUGAUGGAGAGCCAGACACCAGCACCCAGCCAGGGACAAGAGGAGUCAAACCAGCCUCUACUUUCUCUCAGCACAGAAGAGGUCUUCAGUCUGCUGGACCUAAACCAGGACGGGCUGCUGCAGAAGCAGGAGAUUGUGAGUCAUUCACGUUCUCGAGAUGGAACUUGGUUGAGCCCAGACAACCUACGGCAGAUACUCACUGGUCUGGAAGAUCGGCCCUCAGGGAUGCUAACCUUGGAGGACUUCAGGCGUGUUUAUGAUGUCUCCCAACGGCCGGGACAACAGCGAAGUGGGAAGCUCUGGAGUCAGUUCAAACAGAGAAGCAAACAUACGUGGCUUUACCAAGGCCUGGGAUCCCAUCAUGUGCUGCAAACACUCAGGAACAGAGUAACCAGUCUGACACGUCUGCCCUCUGCAUUGGUUGACCUGAGUGAGCCGCUGCAGGUGAUUCGCUAUGAGCACGGAGACUUCAGCAAUGCCCACCAUGACAGCAGCCCCUCUCAUACAGAGACCACCUGCGCGCACACACGACUGGCAGGAAACACAUCUGCUCUCACAGAGGUUUUUUGCAGGUAUCUUACAGUGUCAUUCUACCUCAGCUCUGCAGAGGAAGGUGGUGAGACCACCUUUCCUGUGGCAGACAAUCGUACCUAUGAAGAGCAGGCACUGGUCCAGGAUGGAGUAGAUCUGACAGAAACUCAGGAGACAUGUGGCAGAGGGAACCUGAGAAUAAAACCUACUGCUGGGACAGCGCUCCUCUGGUACAACCAUCUCUCUGAUGGUAGAGGUUGGAUGGGUGAGCUAGAUGAGUACUCCCUGCACGGCGACUGCCCAGUCAGGCGGGGGGUGAAGUGGGUGGCCAACAGCUGGGUAAAUGUGGACCCAGACCAUCAGAUGCAGGCCCGCUACCAGAGACUAGUUGCUCAGAGGCAUCGAGCUAAAUCAGCUGCGGAGGAGCAUUACCAACCUCUCUCGCACAGUGACCUCCACCAGGAUCUAUAGCCGGGACUUUUUAAUGACAAGACAAAGCCACCAUAAUUUAAAAACUGAGUCAGUCUUGCAUCUGUGAAGCCAGUGAGGGCUGACACACUUUUCCACAACGUCAGAGGCUGUAGUUGAAAUGAAAAUUGCACAAAAUAUCAUCCCAGAUAUUUUCUCCUUUUAGUAAAUCUGUCUUGCAUUAGAUUAUGUCUCUCAAGCCACUGCUUGGAUAUCCACAUUUACUUAAUAAAUAAGUCAAUCUUAUUAGGAAAGUUUGGUGAAUUUUUGACAUAGAUUUUAAUACAGAGUUAUGGCAGGCAAGUGCAUUGGUUUCCUCACAAUUCAUUUGUAAUACAUAAGUAUCAAAUAUAGAGUGAAUGCCAUUCCAUAUUAAAUCGCGCCUUAAAGAAAAUAUCAUGUAUUCAGAAUAAAAGAUAUUUAUGAAUGCUGUGAUGCGAGUCGGAAAAGAUGCAGUCAUAAUGUAAGAGAUAAGCCUGUUUACCUGCCUUGCGUUUCAGUUUACUAGGCAUCUGCCCUUGUUGCAGGUCAGUGUUAUUUAUUGUUAUAGAAUUCAAUUCUGUUGUUAGAAGCCAUAUCACAAUAUUAAUCUGUGAAUGUGUUCCUGAAGGAUGUUUUUUGUGAGAUCAUGUCUGUCUUCGGGUUCUUCAGGUUUUGUUUCCAGAGUUAAUGAGAUUUUAGCAUGACGUGUUAUUUAAUGGGUUUGCGACACCUACUGCAAAUUCAGGACUGUUCUAAACUGGACAGGAAAGGUCGCUUGUCUCAGUGGCUGUGGGAGGCCAGUCCUUCAGGUCUAACUUUAAACUUAGGUCUUUGAUAUUCCAACUUUUGUGUUCCUUACCCUCACAACUCAAAAAUAUGUAAUUGUCUGAGAGUAUUUAUUUGAGUGUUAUUUAUUAUUUGAUUAUUUAGAUUAAAGGAAAGCAUAUUUAUUACAGCUUGAUGUUGCACUGAAUUUGUCACUGUAUUUGUUCUAUGUUAUGAAAUAUAAAAAGCAAUGUUUUAUUA